UUAUUGAUAUAAAAUCAAACAAGAUGGUAAUUUUUGACGCGUCAUUAUAGAGGGGAUGGGGGUGCAUUUGCUUGCUGCAGCAUAAAUAUAUAAAAUAUAUAAAUAUUGGCUUCGCAUGGUGACACAAAGUCAUAUUUACUCAUUUAACCGUGUGGAAUUAUAUCUUCCCCAUAUGAAACAUAUUGUUUCCGUUUAAUUGAAGCCUUCAUGGAGACAUGCGAUUUUUUUUUUAUGCUAAAAAGCAGUUUGAUUUCCCUUCCACAAAUAACUGCGGUAUAAAAGCAGCCUCGGAGAUGCCGUGGGACCUUAAUGACGUCUGCAACGAGAUGUUGAAAAAAGUAAUAUUACUUGUAUUUUGCUGUACGCUUUCUUGCAUCUUGUUACAACAUAUAACUUUGAAAAAAGUAUGUAAUUGUUUUAUUGAUUCUCAGUCACAGCUGCAUGAUAAACGAUGUUUUAACAAUGUACGCUUUCAGACCGUAGUUACAAAACUAGAUUUUACCGACAAUCUAUUCUUCUCACAAAUUCGUUGGAUGUAGAUCUCAAUGAAUUUGGCUUGUUUUAAAGUUUUAUAAAACGUACUCAUGUUGACAAGAGGAAGUCGGAAAAAGCUGAGAAAUGUUGUCUUGAUUAUCUCUUUACUUAUACUACUGGUACGUGUAUUGACGUUACGUCGUACGUCAAAAUAUACCGACGUCGUUAGUAAUCACGAAGAUGUUAAUGCAUUUACAAGUAAUGUUUCAAAACCAAACAUUUUGUUUAUCCUUGCUGAUGACUAUGGAUAUAAUGACAUUGGUUACCAUGGAUCCGAAAUAAAAACACCAAAUUUGGAUAAACUUGCGAUGUCAGGAGUGAGGUUAGAGAACUAUUACGUACAACCAAUCUGUACACCAACACGAAGUCAGCUACUUACAGGCAGAUAUCAGAUACACACUGGAUUACAGAGAGGCGUAAUUUGGCCUACUCAACCUAGAAGUAUACCGUUAGACAGUAAAACUAUCGCCGACAAAUUAUCGGAUGCCGGCUACUCUACGCAUAUGGUGGGAAAAUGGCAUCUCGGAUACCACAAGCGAGAAUAUCUCCCCACAAGACGCGGCUUUCAUAGUUUCUUCGGUUUUCUAAAUGGUCAUGGUGAAUACUUCUCUUACAAAUCGAAAUACAAGCACUACCGAGGCUUUGACCUAAGGGAGAAUGAGGCGCCGGCUAACAUCAAGAAAUAUCAAGGAAAAUAUUCAACACAUGUAUAUGCUAACAGGGUCAUAGAUAUUUUCAAGCAACACAAAACUGGAAAUCCGUUGUUUGUAUAUCUAUCAUUCCAAGCCCCGCAUACACCAUUACAAGUUCCUGAAUCUUACUUGAACCAGUACAAGCACAUACAGGUUCCUGGCAGAAAAAAAUAUGCAGCAAUGGUUUCAUGUAUGGACGAGGCAGUAGGCAAAAUAACACAGGCUCUGAAAGAUAUCGGAGUCUGGGAUAACACAUUACUUAUCUUUACAUCAGACAAUGGAGCAGAGUACGGAUCUGGAAGUAACAAACCGUUGCGAGGAUUUAAGGCGAGCUACUGGGAGGGCGCUAUCAGAGCGGUAGGAUUUAUACAUGGAAAACUUCUAAAUCCUAAAUUGAUUGGAUCUACAUCUAACGAACUGCUUCAUGUGACAGACUGGUUCCCGACUCUUGUUAGUCUUGCGGGUGGGGACUAUGAGGGAACCAAACCUCUGGACGGACAUGACCAAAGAGAAUGUAUUUUUGAAGGCAAAUCUAGCAAACGGAGUGAAAUUUUGAUAAAUAUUGACCCAUUGACGGUCGCACCAGGGAGUCCAUUAUUCAACAAAACAUUUGAUACAACAAUUAGCGCGUCACUAAGAUUGGGUAAAUGGAAACUUGUCACCGGUACCCCAACUGGUGGACCAAUACGGAAACCACGUAACCCAAACCUUUGGUUAAUGAAUAUCGAGAAAGAUCCUCAUGAACGCAAGGAUUUGUCGGACCAGUACCCAUCACUUGUACAGUACAUGUUGAAACGACUUGAAUAUUACCAGAGCACAGCAGCGCCUCCAGUGGUACCAACAGAGGACCCUAAGGCAGAUCCCGCUCUUCUUGGUGGAUUCUGGGGACCUUGGCUGGACAAUUAGGAGAGUAUGCUUACGAUUCAGAAGUCUAGCAUUUAAAAACGCCAGGAUGUGGAUCACUUGGUUCUUAUUGUGAGAUAAAAGACAUAUAUGUUCAGAAGUUCUUCUUCGUGUGAUAGAACUUUUUUCAUUGGCUGCGAACACUUUUUUUUGUUGUUCAUUAAAGAUGAUAGCAGAUGACCGAGGAAAAUAUCUGCCCAGAAAAUUCCGUUUCUAUUGGUUAUUUGAUAUGUCUCAAUUUGUUUCGUCGCGGCCUUAAUAUUUUAAUGAAGUGAGAAGCUUGAAAGAAGGUGCACUUCCUGCCACUCAAUUCCUGCGCAUCUGAACCGUGAUAGAUUAGACGUUAAAUCACCAAAAGGCCUAUAUUUGUUAAAUCAUUUAAGGCUGACCAUGUUUACGGUGAAUGUAAAAACAGAUUUUGUAAGAAUGUCGUCACGUGUGAUUUAUAUUUCGUUUUCAUUACAUAUUUCUCAUGUAACUUACAUAUUGUUUGUAUUUUAUGUUACUGUUUUGUGACAUAUUAACGAAAGGUUCUCUCAGAAUGUUGUCAUGUAUAAGUGAUGUUGCUUACAUUAUAUUUCAUGGUUUUAUGCCGACAGAUUAACGAAACAUAUGAGAUUGCUGUCAUACCUGAGAAUGUUAUCAUGUACAAAUUAUGUCGGUUGCAUUUUGCUACAGUAUUUUUCGGGGAUAAAUGAAUUCAAAGUGCUCUGAAAACGUUGUAAUGUGUAAAUGAUGUCAUCUGCAUUACAUUCAUUGUUUUGUGAUAGAUGAAUGAAAAGUUUAAUGAGCAUGUUGUUGUGCGUAAAUGAUGUCCUUUGCAUUUUAUUCCAUUAUUUUUUGUGAUAAACGUUUUCAUAUGUAGAUACUAACGUUUGCAUCAUAUUUCAGUGUUCUGUGACAUGUAGGUGAAAUGUUCUCUGAUUAUUAUGUAGAUCUGCAUGUGUAAAAAAUGUUUGUAUUUGCAUGUUUGGAAAAUUAAAAUCUAUAACUGAUUUAAAAAAUAUGUAUAAAUAUGCUACGUCUUUAUUUGAAUGCAUUUCUCAAAUUGAAAGGGAAAUAAUUGCGACGAAAAUACAAUGUAUACCUAACAGAACUUGAGAAACAGGAAAAUGUACAUCAUCUUGCCAUAGUAAAUGUUAAUACCAAGUAAUUUGAAUAUCAGUCAAAUCAUUAAAAGUACAUACUAGACAAGAAAAAAUUACAUUGAAGCGUUGAUCUAUAAAUGUGACCUUGGCUCUCUUAUUCAAGUUUACCUCGUGAUAUAAUUCCUUCUCAUCUGAACUCCAAACAAUGAUUUUAUUCAGCGACUAAUCACAAAAUGAUCGAGAUAUGUUAUUUCUUAAAGGACAAGGAAAGCCUGAACAUAAGCCAUUAUCAAGCCUUUCAUGACGUUGAAAGAAUUUUUAAAAUCGAACAACUAUUGUAAAAGAUACGGCAGUUUGAAAUAUAAGAAAAUUGCUGAUCAUGGAGGCAGCCAUUUUGUGUGCUUAUGACGUCAUUUACAUAUGCACUGCUGAAUUCCUUAUUUAUAAAUAACCUUUUAAAUAGAUUAGUUUUAUAUGUUUCUUGAGUUUAAGAUGUAAUUUUGGUUAUUAACCCGCAUAGAACAAUAGACAGUUGUGUAAAACAUGAUAAUGUCUUUCAUUAUAUAGCGGGAUAAAAAUAGAGAAAUAUUUUACAGAAAUAAGUAAAUACAGUUCAAAAAUGUGUCAAAAAGGUCGUUAUUUUGAUCAAAUAUUUAAAUGCUAAUAGCUUUCUUAUUUCUAAGUCGAUUUUGAAAAUUCUUUCACUUCGAAAAAUGAAUCGGGUGGUGUAAGAAUUCUAUUCAUUCCUGUGUAUACGCAUCCUAAUUCUAAACAUGUGUUAGUGAAUAAGGAACUAUAAGAAAUGAAAAGAAAAUAUUCUUGAACGUUACAUAGCCACAAGCUGUGUCCAACAUCAAUACCUUCAGUCUUCAUUUAAAACAUGGCCAUGGCGCAUAGCAAUUUAGAUUGUUCUGGAAUCUUAAAAGAGGAAGCAUUUUAAAAUUGCUUUAGAAGCAUUUUAAAAUUGCUUUAGAGUCCUUUAUUUUGAACACUGCCAUAGCCUAUAACUGAGGUCACCAGUUUGUCACGUAAAUAUGAGGCAAAUGUCACGUGACAUCGUCAUCGAACUCGCGAUCCCUUGAUAAGCAGUCUCGUGCUUUAUCCGUCGAGCUAGACAGGCAGGAUUACAAAACAAAUUAGGUACACCAAUGCGAGUCAUAUCAUGAUAGCAAUGCUACUUUUUAAAACAAUACAUUUUUCUUAGGCGCAUGAUUUUAUGAAAUUAUGAUAAAAGCUGAAAUGUGAAAGAAAAAAAAAGAACACUUAUUAGAAGUCCAGUACGUUCAAAAGAAGAAAGAUGCAAUGUAUUUUUAAACAGAACGUUUUAUUAUUUGUGGAGACAAUUAUUUCUCAAUUACUGGAAGAUAAGCUGGAACUAUCAAGUUUGGAACUGAAAAAUAAAGAAAAUAUACAUUUUGACACUGUUGACUGAUGUAUCUCAAAACAACUGCAUCGACAGUAACAUUCAUAUUUUUUUCGUCCCGAUUUCGUGUCUGGUCUGUAACUUGUCAUCCAUCAAAGAAUUUUAAUAUUACUCGGCACACAUGUUUCCUAUAAUGAGACGAUGUGUCGUGCACAAAACCGGACUCCUUGAUCAAAAGUCAGUGUCACACUUGGAGGUCAAAGGUCAUCAAGGCUUUUUUCCUGUCCGGUCUGUAACUCAACCUUCCAUCAAGGGAUUUUGAUAUCAUUUAGCACAAAUGUUCUCCAUAAUCAGAUGAUGUGUCAUCCGUAACACCCAGAGCUCUAGCUCACAUUUUGAGGUCAAAUGUCUGAACUAUAUUUUUUUUCCUGUAUGGUCCAUAACACCGUCAUCCUUGAAGGCAUGUUUAUAUUACUUGGCACAAAUGUAUCUUAUAAUGAGCAUAACACUCCCUCAGACCGUUGUCUAAAGAUCAAGGUCACACUCAAAGGUCAAAAGUCAUUAGUGUUGGUUUUUUCCUGUCCGGUCCACAACUCAGUCAUCCUUGAAGGGAUUCUAAUAUUACAUGGCAAAAUGUAUCCCAUAAUGUGAUGAUGUGUCAUGCGCAACAACCAGACCCAAGCACAAAGGUCAAGGUCACACUCAGAGGUCAGUAGGAAUUUUCCUGGCCAGCCCAUAACUCUGUUAUCCAUCAAAGGAUUUAAAUAUUACAUAAUACGGAUGUUCCCCGUAAUGAGACGAUGUGUCAUGCACAAAAUCCAGAUCCCUGACUCAAAGGUCAAGGUCACACUUAUAUUAGAGGUCAAAAUUCAAUGAUGUUUUUUACAUACCUGUUCAUAACUCAGCCAUCCAUCAAGUGAUUUUCAUAUUAUUUGGCACAGAUGUUUCCCAUAAUGAGAUAAUUUGCAAUGGACAACACUCAGACCCAUAGCUCAAAGGUCAAGGUCACACCCAGAGGUCAAAAGUCAACAAGUUUUCUUCUCCGGUCCAUAACAUAUAGGUUAUAAAAAAACUUGACUAAACAUUUACCCAGAUAUUACAUAGCAGUUAUAACUUCGAUUCAAACGAAGCAGUAUGUAGGGCAUGUAUAUUUUUCAAAAGUUGUCUCUUGUUCAACAAUAACACAUAUCAUGUUCUUAGGGUAUACCAGAUAUGAUUUUAUAUAAAUUUAUUUUCUAUGUAAAGCUGGAGGACCAAUACGGAAACCACGUAGCCCAAACCUUUGGUUAAUGAAUAUCGAGAAAGAUCCCCACGAACUCAAGGAUUUGUCGGACCAGUAUCCAUCACUUGUACAGUACAUGUUGAAACGACUUGAAUAUUACCAAAGCACAGCAGUACCUCCAGUGGAACCAACAGAGGACCCUAUGGCAGAUCCCGCCCUUCUUGGUGGAUUCUGGGGACCUUGGCUGGACGAUUAGGAGAGUAUGCUUGAUAUUAACAAGUCUAGCAUUUAAAAACGCAAGGAUGCGGAUCACUUGGUUCUUACUGUGAGAUAAAAGACAAAUAUGGAAGUUCUUCUCCGUGUCAUAGAACUUUUUUCAUUGGCUGCGAACACUUUUUUUGGUUCAUUAAUAAUGAUAGCAGAUGACUGAGGAAUAUACCUGCCCUGAAAGUCCAGUUUCUGUUGUCAUUUUUAUUUUUGAUAUGUCUCAUUUUGUUUCGUCGCGGCCUUAAUAUUUUAAUGAAGUGAGAAGCUUGAAAGUAGGUGCACUUCCUGCCACUCAAUUUCUGCGCAUCUGAACUCUGAACCGUGAUAGAUUAGACGGCAAACCACCCAAAGGCCUAUUUGUUAAAUCAUUUAAGGCUGACCAUGUUUACGGUGAAUGUAAAAACAGAUUUUGUAAGAAUGUCGUCACGUGUGAUUUAUAUUUCGUUUUCAUUACAUAAUUCUCAUGUAACUUAUAUGUUGUUUGUAUUAUAUGUUACUGUUUUUGUGACAUAUUAACGAAAGGUUCUCUCAGAAUGUUGUAAUGUGUAAAUGAUGUUGUUUGCAUUAUAUUUCAUGGUUUUAUGACAGAUUAACGAAACGUUUUACGAGAUUGUUGUCAAGUGUAAAUGAUUUCGUCUGUAUUAUAUUUUACGAUUUUGUGACCGAUUAAGGAAACGUUCUCUGAAAACGUUGUAAUAUGUAAAUGAUGUAAUCUGCAUUACGUUCAUUGUUUUGUGAUAGAUGAAUGAAAGUUUAAUGAGCAUGUUGUUGUGCAUAAAUGAUGUCGUUUGCAUUUCAUUCCAUUCCAUUAUUUUUUGUGAUAAACGUUCUCAUAUGUAGAUACUAAAGUUUGCAUCAUAUUUCAGUGUUCUGUGACAUGUAAGUGAAAUGUUCUCUGAUUAUUAUGUAGAUCUGCAUGUGUAUAAAAUGUCUGUAUUUGUAUGUUUGGAAAAUUAAAAUCUAUAACUGAUUUAAAAAAUAUGUAUAAAUAUGCUACGUCUUUAUUUGAAUGCAUUUCUCAAAUUGAAAGGGAAAUAAUUGUGACGAAAAUACAACGUAUACCUAACAGAAAGAAACAGGAAAAUGUACACGAUCUUGCCAUAGUGAAUGUUAAUACCAAGUAACUUGAAUAUCAGUCAAAUCAUUAAAAGUACAUACUAGACAAGAAAAAAUUACAUUAAAGCGUUGAUCUAUAAAUGUGACCUUGGCUCUCUUAUUUUUACCUCGUGAUAUAAUUCCUUCUCAUCUGAACUCCAAACAAUGAUUUUAUUCAGCGACUAAUCACAAAAUGAUCGAGAUAUGUUAUUUCUUAAAGGACAAGGAAAGCCUGAACAUAAGUUAAUUUCAUAUGAAAGCCAUUAUCAAGCCUUUUAUUUCAUGACGUUGAAAGAAUUUUUAAAAUCGGACCACUAUCGUAAAAGAUACGGCACUUUGAAAUAUAAGAAAAUUGCUGAUCAUGGAGGCAGCCAUAUUGUGUGCUUAUGACGUCAUUUACAUAUGCACUGCUGAAUUCCUUAU